CCCAACCCCGCACCAUGUAUCUUCGCGCCGCCCACGCAGAAACAUGCAUCCCUGUCCUCCAACAGUUCAUCCACGAUAACCCCCUGGGCGUCCUCACAACGGCCAUCAAGACUACAGACCACGCAUUUAUCCAAUCCAGCCACAUUCCAUUCGUACUCGAUGUCCCCACCAAUGACUCUGAAAAGCCCGGAGUUCUGCGCGGACAUAUUGCAAAGCAGAACCCGCAAGCCAAAGCUCUAAUGGAAGCACUCGCCGCGCAACAAGAAGCUCAAGGCAAAGACACAGCUCUCGAGCUCCCCGACGAAGUACUCGUUCUGUUCAACGGGCCACACCACCACUACGUCACACCGAAGUUCUACACGGAAACCAAACCAGUUUCGGGCAAGGUCGUUCCAACAUGGAACUAUGCUGCCGUGCAGGCCUACGGCAAGAUCCGUGUGUUCUGUAACUCCAAGUCCGAGGAGACCGGUACUUUCCUGCAGACACAGGUACAGGAUUUGUCAAAACAUGCUGAGACCUCUGUGAUGGGUUACACCGGUGCGGAAGGGAAGCCGACGGCGUGGAACGUGGGUGAGGCGCCGGUGUCUUAUGUGGAGUUGUUGAAGAAGAAUAUUAUUGGGAUUGAGAUUCAAAUCGAGCGAUUACAGGGCAAGUUUAAGAUGAGCCAAGAAAUGGGGCAGGGGGAUCGAGAGGGGGUUAUCAAGGGAUUCGGGGAGUUGGGGACUGAUAUUGGGGAUGGGAUUGCGAAGAUGGUGCAGGAGCGAGGGCGAUGA